AUGAUUACACACGAAAGCUGACUUCCGGCGUGGUGUUUCGCGGCGUCUCGGCGGCCGGGCACGCUAGCUAUGCGGCAGAAGCACUACCUUGAAGCGGCGGCUCGCGGCCUGGUGGAAAGCUGCCCUGGCCAGGCCCGCUACCUCCUCUGGGCCUACAAUUCGACACACGAAGAAAACAGCACUUUUGAAGAAACAUGUCCACACUGCUUCCAGUUGUUGGUUCUGGAUAACUCUAGAGUGCGCCUGAAACCCAAGGCCAAACUGACACCCAAGAUACAGAAACUCCUUAAUCGAGAAGCAAGAAAUUAUACACUCAGUUUUAAAGAAGCAAAGCUGUUGAGAAAGUACAAAGACUCCACAAGUGUUCUGCUGGUUACCUGUAGAACAUGCAACAAAACAGUGAAACACCAUGGCAAGAGCAGAAGCUUUCUGUCAGCACUGAAGAGCAACGCAGCCACUGCUACAAACAAAGCCAACCUGAAAACACCAAAGAGAAAUACCCCAGGCUCCACGCACCCAAGUCAUAAGAUGUCUGAUUCCAAAGGCAAAAGCCUCUCUUUGACUUUCAGAACACCUGCAUCUGGACAGUCAACACCCAUCUGCUCCACAAGGAGUGGGAGCAAAAGAAAGAAACACUUCUCUCAACUAAAAGCGCUGCUUAGUCAGAGUGCAUCUGAGAAGAACCCAAAGCUGGACUUCAGGCACUUCUUAUCUUCUCUGUGAAGAGAA